AUGCCAAUCCCGACAUCCUCAACGGGGCAGUCGUACCCACCCGUCCUCGACUACCGCAUCGUCCAACUCAUCGGCGGAGGCGGCUUCAGCAAAGUGUUUCGCGCUGUCAACCCAUCGUCCAAAGCACACGGUGUAGCCGCCAUCAAAGUCAUCUCGUACGCUCCGAAUCGAUCCAACAAAUACCCCAUCGACCGUCGAGCGUUGCAAAAGGAAGUACAGGUGCACUCGAUCCUCAAACACCCCAAUGUCCUCGAGUUCCUUGGAGCCGUCGAGCGAGGAGUGGACAAGAAUGGCAACGCAGGCAAGGAGAAGGGCAUCCUGAUGGGUGAAGCCGUCGCCACCACCCAGGAAUCCAUCAAAGCGCGAGACAAGGAACGCCAAAAGAUGCUCAGCUCCCCCUCUCACGAUGAAAACUAUGUGCCAGGUCUCUACAUGGUGCUCGAGUUGGGAGCAGGCGGCGAUCUCUUCGACAAGAUUGCACCGGAUUAUGGCGUGGAGGAGGACCUAGCACACUUUUACUUUCAGCAGCUGCUAGCAGGUCUAGAGUACAUCCAUUCCCAGGGUGUGACGCAUCGCGAUAUCAAGCCCGAAAACAUGUUGCUCGAUGCAGAGGGCAACCUCAAGAUCGCCGACUUUGGCUUGUGUUCAGUGUACAAGUACAAGGGCAAGGAGCGAGAGCUGACAGGCGCCUGCGGCUCGUUGCCCUACAUUGCUCCGGAGAUGAACGGCAGGCCGUACCGUGGCGAGCCUGUCGACGUGUGGAGCUCCGGCGUGGUACUGUUCGCCAUGCUGGUGGGAAGUACGCCAUGGGACGAGCCGACGACCAGAUCACCCGAGUACAACGCUUACCGAACAGGUGAGCUCUUUGCGUACGAUCCGUGGACCAAGAUCCCCAGCGAUGCAUUGUCACUGCUCAAAAAGAUGAUGCACCCCAAUCCGGAGAAGCGAAUCACGUUCGAACAGAUCCGACGACAUCGCUGGUUCAAACGCGCCAACGCCCUCAUGACGCAAAAGGGCAAAUGCAACGACCCCGUCAAUUUGGCCGAAAAGCUGCUGCAAGGUCUCGCAGUCUCGGGCGACAUCAAUCUGGAAGUCAACGGUGCUGCGGCGGCGGCUGCACGUCGUCUCGACCUUCACACCGAUGGUCAGAGAGCGCAGGUCCCUGAAAACGUCUCUCUCACACAACCCGAGGCUAUCCAGAACAGCUCGUUUGGCUUGGCAGCGGGCAGGUCGGUAGCUCGCGGCUGGGCGGACGAUGCAGGUCACGGUGGUGGCCUGGCUCUUCCCUCGUCGACGGCGAUGCCUGCAAUCGCCGUUGGCAGCAAUGACAUGUCACGUCGCUUGGCCAUGAGCCAGCACAUCUCGACACGUCGAGUCGAAUUCUCUUCCUCUGGAAAUGGCUCGGGCACCGAGAUGGCUCUGCCCGGUGCUUCUCAGUUCACACAAGCGCUCAACCACUUCACCCAAUUCGAAGCUCUCACGCACAUGGCUGGAGCCGGCAGCUCGCAUCUCCGCUUUUCGCCUCACCUUACGCGGUUCUUCUCGUCGACGACCGCAGCAGCCAUGGUCGGCCUGAUCACCAGCGUACUCGACGGUCUCGCCAUCCAGAACGCGGUCCAAGCGAUCGGAGACCACGAGGAGCUUGAGGAGGCGUACAACUUCAUGGUCGAUGGCGAGCCUGAGACCACGACGACUUCGAGCGACGAUGGGUCACGAACAUCUGGAGGUGGUAAGAGGCUCGCUAUUGGAUCUAGAGGCGCACGCGUACGUUUGGCGACGAUGGACAAGCGCAAGUGUCCUUUGCGAGGUGAAGUUCGCGUGGAGAAUCUCGCGGCGUCGGACAGCACGACGGAUUCGGGAAAUGUAUCGGACGAUGGCACAGCCAAAUGUCUGGUGGUGAUGAAGAGGAGCAAAGGAGAUCCGUUGGAAUGGCGAAGGCUCUUCCGAGAGAUUUGCCGUCGGCCCGAGAUCCAGGCUACCGUCAUCUCGACGUGA